UUUGUAUUUCGUAUUUAUUUAAUUACGCAUGUGCAGAAAGUGACUAGUAAAAUUCUGGAUACAAUUGCGUACGCAACAUUUAAAUUCCGCGCCAUUCAACAUAUGUUUCCGAUUGCGCAUGCGCGAAAAAAACCGGCUCUCUAUAGUAAAGUCGAAAUCGAAGUAGUUCAAUUGUUUUUAGAUCUGUCUGAAAUUAGUCGAGGAACGAAAGAAACGCAUCUUCUUCAGGGAGAUUAAGAUUCGCUGAUAAUGCGGAAAAGAAUUCGCGUUAAAAUAUAGCGUAAGCAAGCCUUUUGCAAGAGGAGGGAAUAGCAAGGAAGAAACGCAACAUCCCUCGACAUCAAAAUUAUGCCGGCUUCGACUAUAUUUCUAAGGAAAAAAUUAAAUGCGUAGCUGAAGACAACGCUUUGAAAUUAAUUCGCAUUAAAAUAUAGCAAACAAGCCUUUUGCAAGAGCAGGAACAAUAGCAAGUUUUGCAGCAGAUGUUUAUGGAGUGCGACGCGUCUAUUUUGACGCCGAAUUCGGCGAUAUCUAUAGGUGACGAGGUGUCGAUCUCCAAGAUCGUCCAAUAUGUUCAGGACCAAUUGCCGACUUGGUCAGUCGACGACCUGGCGGAGUUUUGGAAAUGUUUAGCCGCUGUUUCGUCAAAUAACGACCGUGUGAACUUGUGGCAAUUUAAGGAGGCGACAAAGUGCUGGAUCACCAAGACGCAACAGGUUCAAUCUUCGCAAGACAGCAAUAACAACGAACGGGAAAAACUCUACUUCACGAACGACACAGAUUCGUCGAUGAAAGACAUGGACAUAAAUAUCAUGGAAUUUGAGCUCCGCGCGAAACUUAGAGACCUUCGCGAGGAGAACAUCCUCCUUCGCGAGGAGCUCGAACGGCAUGAGGCAUCGAUUGACAAUCUCAGACAACAAUGUAGCAUUGCCGAGAGGCAGCUAGAUCGUUACGUUCAGAAAUGUCAGCAACUCGAAAAGGAGAACGACGAGCAGCGAGAUCAAUUAAAUGAGGCAAUUAAGAGAGAAAAGGUUACAGCCUUGACUUUACAAAGAUUUACGAAAGAACAACAAAAUUUGUCGAGGCAAUUGGAAGCUGCAGAGAUUGAGAUACAAGUUAUAUCACCUUUAAAAUCUAAAGUGGAAAAAAUUAGCAAAGAAAAAAUGGACUGUAUGAAACAAAUCAUCAGAUUGCAAGAGAAAUUUGAUGACACAGAAGACGAGUGUAAACAAUUAAAAGUCACAAUAACUGAACUGGAGAAAAUGAGUAUUAAGAUGAGGGAGACUUACGAUCAGACGAUUAAUAAUCUGCGCGAAAGGAAUUGUCAACUUACGGAGGAGAAUACAGAACUGCAAUCGCUGUCGAUUUUUAACAAAGAUUAUUCUUCUGCGGAAAGACUUUCGAUAUCGUCAAUUCCUGACAUAGAUGGAUGCUGCACACAUAGUACACCUUAUAAAGCAGAAAAAGUAUUGCUGCAAGAUUCGUUAUAUACAGAACUGAAAGCUUCGGGUUUUGUAGCUGAUUGCAGCAAAUAUGACUUAUAUAUACAAGAACUGGAUGAAUACGACGCUGCUAUUUUGAUGAUAUUAGAAGAACUGGAAAAAAUAAUACUUAUCUUCAGUAAAACGCGAAGCUUUAUCGAAGACACAUCUCAGUUUAGCUCGCAAGAUAUGGACGCUAGAACUUGCAAUAUCGAAACAUUGAAAUAUAAAGUGACUUUUCUACUGAAUAUGGCCACCAAAGAGAUCGCGAGGAAGAGCACCAAAGAUUCGAGUACGCAGCUUCGAGCCGAUUCAGUGAAUGGGUCGAGCGACGAUUUGGCUCACUUUGGUGUCACGGAUUUCCGAAAUUUGUUGCUGACACGCGCCCAACCAUAUACAAAAUCGGAGACGGAUCUGCGCUCGAUUACUUUGUGUAACUUCUCGGACAAUAAGAAAGAUGAUCACGACGAUUCGUUUUCAAGAAUUAUAAAAGUAUACAACACGAGCAUCCAAAAUCGAUUUUGCAUCAUCGAACCCAUUGUUGAAGAAUUAUACGACAUCAUCAAUAGUACUCAUAACGCUCUCAAAAGUCACAGAAAUCAUUCAUCAUUUGAGAAUUUAAGAUAUCGAUCAGUACUCACGUUGCCAUCACAAUCUCAACAACUACCUUCACUGAUAGACGAAGACUCGAGGCAGCAGACGAUCAAUUGUCAAAGUUUAAGAACGGAUUCUCCCGAUGCUUCUUUCGCGCAAGGAGACUUUUGUUUAAAGCAGGAAAAUUGCGACGAGAAAUCGACGGGAUCGCACGACAAGGAAAAUCCGAGCCCGAGUCGAUCGAGUGAAAUGCCGAAGGUGUUGAACGUCCUGGAUUCGAUGUCGUUAGUAGCCACAUCGGAGGAGGAAAAGACCAGCGGCAAAAUUGCUCAAGAAGUAACGAGUUUGAGCAAUCCGGCGAGUCCCCGUAGGAAAAUUUCAGUCUACUGUCGAUCCUUCGACGUCGUAUCGGACGUCCGUAUCGUGCAGGAUUCGUGCGAAGAUCCAAGGUCCAGUCUGGAAGUCAGGCAAUUCUCGAGUAAUCCAGAUGAGUCUUCUACGCAAGUCGACGAGAGACUUGAUCAAAAGACUAUUGGAGAAGAUCAAAAUAGCGCUCCUAGAUAUCUGUUCAAUCACAAUUACCGUAACACACAGAACGACAGCAAUUCGUCGAACGACUCGUCACCGCAGAAACAAUUCCGGGAUAGUCUAUUAAGCGAUGAAUCGCCGAUCGAACAGCCGGUACUUAGAAAAGUCUGUUUAGCGCCUACACGCCUGAAACUUCCGCAGAAAAUCAAGAACGAAUUAAACGAAACCGCUUGCGUUUCCAACGAACCGAACUCUACGAAAUUGAAUAUUGCGAACUCUCUUCUAUUUCCUAUCAUUGACAAUGAACGCGAGAAAGACGACGAUGACGCUGUACGCUCAUCUACGUUUAUCAUAGACAAAUACAAAACGGAAAUAAAGGAUGAGGUGCUUGGAUCGAGAUCGUGUUUGGCGAACGAGAAUCGUUUCCGGGAAUGUCCUACAUCAGCUCGUCGUUUAUUUUCAUGUAACCACACCGAUUCAAGGAAGGUUGCGAGUUCAGAGAAUCCCCACUCUCAGGCGAGCGUGCAAAGUGUCGAGAGCGAACCGCGAGUCGAACGAUCAGUCGAUGGCCAAAUGUCGAGUCGCGAGGACAAUUCAAAUGGCGAGCCGGUGGCGGAAUCCUCCAGUGAUCGAUACAUCAGCGAAAAAAUCGCCACAUCAAAUGGUCUGACCUCUGCGAAGAUAGUGUCUUGCAAGAGUGUCACGCAGAAAGACAUGAAAACGUAUGAUAGGGAUCUAUCUAAUGCGAAACAGGGGAAACGUCAGCAACUUCUAAUCGCGAGGAGAUCACUCUCGAGCGAAAGUAUCGGCCGAUCAAGGUGUCGUUGCAGGCAGGAAAAGGCGCCUUUGAUUCCGGAAGAUCAACGAAGAGUCUUCCCGAGUCUCACAGACAAUCGUCUACAGGAAUCCGGAAUAGCUAAUUUGUCGGACACAUCAGAUAGCAGGGAAAAUAUGAGCGAGCUCGAACUGCAGAAGAGGUAUAUAGUUUUCUCGCUAUGCCUCUGCACAGAUAGGGUGACUCUGUCGCGAAGGGUAGCGAUAUCGCUUCGGCAACGCGAUCAAUCGGAGAAAAAUCUCUCCUGCGAGGUACAGAAGAUGCAGCAGGACAUUCAGGAACUUGCGCCACUAUGCACGGACAGGGAAUCCGUGGAGCGGGUGGAACGGGUCAGACAUCAGUUGGAUAUGAUUAUGCGAUGCGCACACAGGGUGUCCUGCACGGCCGAGACUCUGGGCGCCGUUUACCAGGAGCAUAGGGUUUCCCGGGCCAUUCUGCUGGCCGACAGGUAUCUCCAGUUGCUGCAGUCCCGAUGCGAGAAGCUGAUUGCCGAUGUCGCUGAGACUAAACGGAUUCUAAUAGAGAAUAAUAUAGUGAUAGAGGAAAACUGCGGCGAGCUCUGCGACGAUCUGCCCCGGAUCAGAUACAGGAGCGGGACACCCGUCAAUAAUCGUAUAAUGACGGCUAGGAGGAGAGCUAGCAUAGCCACAAUGUCUCGACCGAUUGGCAACACGCAGGAUGUGACAAAGGAUUCCAUGAGGCAGCGAAACUCCGUUUCCGGACGUAUGACUCUCAGGAGACCAUCUUUCAAUUCUGAAUCCCUGAAAUGGGAAGUCGAGAAACUGGAUCGUACCGAAAGUUCCAACAGCAUCAGCGAAUUACGUGGUAUCUUCGAACAGGCAGAAUUCCAUCGUAGUUCAAGAGAAGAAAAUAACAACAUGUUACGAGUAAGUAAUUCCGAUAAUCAAAAUAUAAUGAACUGUGCAAUCGGCAACAACGAGAUUUGGACAAGUGCGAAGGAGCAAACUUCUUCUGAAUUUCUCACUGCUAUCGAAGAUGUGAAUCUAGAUGUUAAAUCAUGCAUACGAUCAUCGCAAUCUUUCCAGCUAAGAAGUAUACCAUGGCGUAUGAUGUUAUGGGGUAUUAUCAUCUUCUUUUUUGGCUUCUUCAUGAACCAAAUAAUGGUGAAUGCUUGCAACGGCCCGUUACAUAGAUUGUCGAUCGAGCAUAUUCUCAGUAGAUACAUUUAUAAGAUAACAAACGCCGCGCCUCAUCCGAUGUGAAUUUCGCGAUGUCUGCGUGAUGUAUGGUCUGUGUAUCGGUAAAGUAAGAUUAAGUGUACACUGUAACAUAUGUCAAUGAUGAAAAGGCUGAAUAAAUUAAUAAAUGUAAAGUUUGUUCGCGCCUUUUAACGAGA